AAUUCCGGGCGUCGCUGUCAUCUCCGGAUGGAGUGGGGAGUGUAUAUUCUGGAGGUCCUGUCACUCUUUACUAUGAUGUAUACGGUAUUCUCGAUUUCAACAACAUGGAGGCUGAAUAAGGUCUAACUGCUGGUCAACCGUUUGCGUGGGACGGUACCGGGACCAUACAGGAUGAUGCUGGGGCACUUGACUCAACGCGGGAACGAUUAUACGAUAUCUGAGCCGUUACUAUCGAUGGUUGUUCACGAACCAUAUGCUGUCACAUGCACAUGUUGGACACUACUGGACACUGGACACCUCCAGACACCAGCUCAAGAGUUAUUGGUGGUGGUGAUGGUGAUGGUGGUGUGUCGUGGUUGUGACCUUUAACCUUGGAACUGAAGAAGCUUUUCGGGAUGGGUCAAAUAUCAGCCAAUGCCUUUGCCAUCUCCACAAAGUUCGACUAGAUCACAUAUCUAUAUAUAGAUAGAUACCGUAUGUACAGCUACUCGAGACUCCCAGACAAAAAGUAGUCACGGGCAUGUAGUCACGUAGUCACGUAGUGUAGUAGGAGACAAACGUGCCAGUAUCAUCUUGUUUCUAGUGAAUGGUGUUGCUUGCCAACGCAACGCCACACCUCUGACCUCUGACGUUGUGAAUUCGAUGGUUUGGAGGGGGGUGUGGCGGUAUACUGUAGCAACCCAAUCCAACCCAUCUGCAACCCGUGAGGUGACAGACCGACCAUCGCAUCCAUCCCGCCCGACUCCCCUCUUGAGAUCACCACGACAAACGACGAUUCCUCUAAAAUCCUCCCCUUUCUCCAACUUUCCUCUCUUCACCAACACGACAUAUGCGACUCUUCAUCCUCCCUUUUCCUCCUGCGCAACCCUUAGAACGCGACUUCACCUUCCUCACCAACACCAACGGAUGCCGCCCUCCCCUGGUUCCUAGCAGCUGAGGAGCUGAUUACCCCAUAAGUCGGGCCUGGUGCGGCCAUUCUACCAUUUGCCAACCACAUCAUGCGACCACCAAGAAUCAUCAUAGCUGUCGUCUUUUUUGUGACAGCCGUCUUCCUAACUAUCCUCUCUUUCCGUUCCGAACAUGCCCCUCCCAUAAUAGACGGUACGUCGGCCGCCGCUCCCAAGACUGGCAUCUCCGCCCUCUUCUCUUUCCGAGCGCCCUUCUCCCUCUUCCCGCCAAACGCCAUCAUCACCUUGACCCACGAAAACUCGACCGCCUUCCUAGCGCGACCGGCUGCUUUUGGGCCACCAUUACCUAUCGAGGGUCUGAAAGGGCGGGUAUGGAUAGGGAGUGGUUUUGGAGAUGAUGGCAUUCGGCAAGGUCCGGCAGUGACCGGUGCGGAAGGGGAAUUAGGAUGUAGCGAUGUGCGUGGAGGGGAAUCAUAUAAUAGUUUGAACAGCCCAGCAUUGGAUGGCGUCAAGUUGGGCGACGGAAAAUCUGCGGCAUCCUCUAGUUCAAAGGUCCAAGGUCGUGGCAGUGAAGCGACCAAAUCUGCAGAUGAGCGGAAGAGUGCGGGCGAUUCUGGACAUAGAGAUGGCUUGGGUGGUCCUCCGGUGAACGAUGGUACUGAUGACUACCUACACCAUCCUCUACCAGGAUCGACUGUAUCCAAAGAAACAAAUGCGCAACCUACCGAUUCCAAAGCGAACCACGCAGAUAUCCAGUCUAUACAAGAAGGAGCGGAGAUUGCCGGAAAAGUGGUAUUACUGAGUCGUGGUGGGUGUGGGUUUUUGGAAAAGGUGAAAUGGGCUCAAAGAAGAGGAGCUAUUGCGUUGAUUGUGGGCGACGACGUCAAGGGUGGUCCUCUGAUACAAAUGUAUGCGCGAGGGGAUACGUCAAACGUCACCAUACCUUCUAUUUUCACUUCAAGAACUACUGCCCAUCUACUCUCCUCCCUGAUUGGCCCAGACAGCUUUCUGGAAGACACUCUAGAUGAGAAUGGAAAGCCUCUUUUGACGGUCCACCAUACAGACAAAAUCAAGAAGACCGGGAAAAAGCACCAUUCUCGCCCUACCUUCACGCCUACUGCAGGCUCCAUUGGAAAGCCAACAUCAAUUUCCCGAACCCCCACAAAGGCGGCAAGCAAAAAGGGACCAGCAGCCAAAGCAGAUGAGAAAUUAGGGACAGUCAAAACAGAGAGGUCUGGUUGGUUGAGGUCCCUCUUUUUCAGUACGGGCAAAGGAAACUCACAAUCAGACAGUAGUCGACCGCCCAGCAGUGGCCAGUUGGACUGGGUUCUGGUUGACGAUUGGAAGGAUGAUGGAAGCGUGGAGUCCAAAAAGAUCCAAGCUAAGCCUAAAAGGAAGACGGAGACUGACAAGAAUGCCUCGAAAAAGAAGGCAGGCUCGAAGCAACCCUCUGGAGAUGACUUUGUCAUUGGUGUGCAGGAUUGGAGAGACCCGGACUUAGUCGGAGCCUCUGAUGCAGAAACCGCCGGCAAGGCUCCAAAUACAAAAGGCGCAAAACCAGAAGGUGUAAAAAGCGACAGCACUCAUCAAAUAAAGCCAGGAGGAAAGAAACAUAUAGGAGGUGCUCUUCAGGAAAUUCCCGAAUAUGUUCCGUCUCUGAGAGGCGGAAGUAUCACCCCUGGAAGUGGUGAGUAUGGAACAGGUGGGCCGUCAGUCGAUCAAGAUGUCUCAACACCAGAAGAGAGUAAGACUAAGUCCAAGGGACUUUUGAAUGCUAUUUUUGGCGAUGACGAGGAGGACGUCGAAUUUCUGACUCCACAUGUACCUGGUCCUGAUGAUGAAGAUGAUGAAGAUUCAGAUGAUGAAGGGUAUGAAGGUUUAUGGGUAACUUUGACGCCAACAAGCGGAGCUAGUCCAUUUCUCGAUACAUUGCUAGUCUUGGUUGUAAGCCCCCUAGUUACGCUAUGUGUUGUGUACGCAUUACUCCUCAUUCGAUCGAGAAUUCGCCGUCGUCGAUGGAGAGCACCGAAAUCAGUGGUUGAAAGAUUACCCGUACGAACAUACCAAACCAUUGUUCCCACAACACCAUCCCCUUCAUCUUCUCGUAUACCAACCACUACUGAGUCUUCAAUCACUACACCCCUUCUUCAAUCCCCACCGACAAGACCGCGUCCGCGAUCGAGGACGACAACUGGAAUACCUGAGCCAGGAGACCUUGCUCGAGCAAAUUCGAAUCCUUUACAAGUAUCAUCAAUCCCCCCUCGGUCCCCAGAACAUGAGAAUCAUCAAGGUAGUCACACUAGUGAAUGGAGGAAGUAUAUGGGGAAACAAAUAGAGUGUGUGGUAUGUCUAGAAGAAUAUGUUGAUGGAGUCAGUCGGGUGAUGAGUCUACCAUGUGGCCACGAGUUCCAUGUCGAUUGCAUGUAAGUUUAUGUUACUAAAGUGCUAGUGGUUCAUGCUAACAACGUUUUAGAACCCCAUGGUUGACUACUCGAAGAAGGACAUGUCCCAUCUGUAAAGGGGAUGUCGUUCGUUCUUUGGCCCGAGGGUCUCCUUCAAGCCCUCGAUAUGACGCAUAUCACGAUGAUAGUGACGACGACAGUCAGGACGGUUUGAGCCGUGCGUCGUCCUCUCUACCGAUCCCCACGGGUUCAGACGAUGAUAUCGAACGGGGCCUCUCAUCCAGUCCAACACGACAUGGAAGGGGUCCCAGAUCAGGUAGUUGGCGGGGUAUUCUCGCCAAUAGUCUCGGCUCAUCACGAAGUCCACGACCGACUCCACCACAAGAAGAUCGCAAUCGUUGAUUGGGACCCGAAUUCACCAAGUCUUGUUUAUACUUCUCUUUCUUCGCUUGGGUACUGCAGCAUAGCUUGUGGGGGCUCCUAUCUCUCUUUCUUCUUACCCUUGUGUUAUUCUUCUCUUCUCAUUGUUAGGGUGUACAGGAAUAGAAAUUCUGUGUGUUGUCUGUGUGUAUGUGUGUGCAUGGGUAAUAACGUGCUUUAAGCACUACUGCUACUUAGUUUAUUAUGGAAAUCAGGUGGGCUUUGGGGGGUGGGGAAAUUAGUUUCUCUUUGGGUGUAGCACAGCGAUGGCGUUUUACCGCUCAUUCGAUUUUUUUUCUUCUCUUAAAUCAACAUGAUCCUCUUUUCUCUCUCCCUCUUCUUCCAGGACCCCCUUCUGAGAAUGUGUAUGUGGGGUGUAGUUUAUGAUGUCUUGGUGGUUAUUUGUGUAAAGUGGUGAUGGGAGAUGGUUGGUAGUUGGUCGUUGUGGACGCUUGGUCGCUUAGCUGGGUGUCCCUAUCCUGAUAGUGACGAUGCUGUUGGUCUUGUUGAAGCAGUUUAGAUGGAGUGGUCUUGAUUGAGGGCUAAGACGAAGUAGUUCCUUGACUUUGUAGGCGGUGGAUGUGGAUGAGGUUUUUUUGUUGAUAGAUGGGGUGGAGUGGGGUGAGAUUGUGGAUGUGGAUGUGCGUGUGGUCGUGAUUUUGAGGUGUGG